AUUGUCCAUAACCCGGGAGGAGUUCCAGACUCUCGUUACAUGUCUUCAGCUGACUCGACUGUCGUAUUCGAAGAGGCUUAUGACACCUUCAACGAACGUAAUGGCACGAAGCAGUUCGACGUUCUGCCGAAGAGUGACCGUGAUCGCGGUCAGCUCUGCAUCGUGAUCCACUCCGUUCCGGACGGGGUUGAAGGUUCGGAACUUCGUGCUCUUGUCAAGAAGCUUCGCAAGACCGCCGAUGAGAUUUUCAUUACCCACCUGAGCACAGACUACUAUGCCAGCUUUGGGGGCAAGUGGGGCGAAUUUGUCGAUUGGAUGGCUAAAUAA